GUUCUGUUGUUUGAACGUGUGCGCAUAAUUGUAUUUGCCCGAAAUCGGCACGACACUCGAAUGAAGGUGUUGUGCUGGAGAGUUAUGACAAUUCUGGCGACAAUUCCCGAUAGUUAUUGUAUAGAUAAUGAUAUAUUUGUAUUAAGUCAUUUAAAUCAUCUAUAUCUGCCGUUUCAAUGGAAUUUUUGUUCAUGUCUGCAAUUAUUUUUGCAGAUUAGUCUCAUAAUGUUACAAAAUGCUGUUUCCUUUUUUAACUAUAAUAUUAAAUUCCUGAGUAUGUUGCGAAAAUCUUUAAACUCGUUCAAUUUCAAACCAAUUCUUUAUCUAACUGAUAGAGAUAUUUUAGAGUUAUCUCUUUUUUAUCAAUGUCGUUGAUGGCAUUUGACUUUCCCUACAAAAUGAUGUCCAAUAGUUAACUUGCUUUUUUGUUGCAAGUCUCAUUGUUUCUGAGAAUGUUCUCUCGUUUUGUGAUUUAUACUUAGCCUUUGAAUUCUUAAUUUUGCGAUCUUUGUUAGCAUAUUUCAGGUUUGUAAUUAGAUUGUCCACAGAACACUUGGUUUACGUUAUCUGCUCCAAUUUUUUAAGUUUAAUAAUUCUUUGUCCAGCUGUAAAAUCUUAUUUUCUAGUUUUUUUUUGUAUGAAAACCUUUAUGUUUCGAGUUGUUCAAUUCGUCACAUACAUGUAAUACUUUUAUAGUUUUUAAUGCAGAUUCUUAUUUUCUGUUUGCAUCAUCAGAAUUAUAUCCCGACUAAUCAGAUAAUAGUCUGUUUAUUUGCGUGCCUACUAUUAUUUUUAUCAAUUUUUUUUGUUAUCUUCUUUAUUUUGGUCUUAAAUAGUCCUGUACUUUGUGUUAUUGAAUCUAUCAUUUCUUUUUGUUAAGUUAAUUUAGCUACAUUUUCUCGAAAUACAACCCUUUUUUAAUUUCACUCAUUUAUUAAUGCUAUUCAUGUACUGUUUUAACAAUUUCUUUACAUUUCUAGUUCAUUCUCUCUCUCUCUCGCUUUCUCAUUCUCUCUCUCUCUCUCUCUCUCUCUCUCUCUCUCUCUCUCUCUCUCUCUCUUUCUUAAAGUGAUAUGUUCAAUUAUAUGACAAGUGACCUAUUUCGAUAUUAGGUCUAGAUUUAAAGCACAUAUCUGUUGAAUGAUUGGUUAGUUUGAAAAUUCCGAUAUCUUGGAACCUCAUCAGUUUAUCUGUAAAAGAGAAUUUUAUACAAAUUCUUGGAGUUAUUGAAUUUCUCGAUUAUUAUGAAUAAUUUGUUUUUUUCUAAUAUUCUAAUUAUAAUAUUUGUGUGUACUGUUAAAUUUAUUGUUUAUUUAAUAACGUUUAAUGUUUUAUAUUUAAUCUAAUAAAUGAUGAUUUGAUUUGAUUUUCAUUAUUUCUUUUGAUUUUUGUAUUUGUAACAUUUGUAGAUUAAAAAUAAAAAGAAUUUUUAAUUUUCUAUUUUUACACUUAAGUGUACGGAGAAUAUAAUGAUCAUUAUUUUAAUGCAUUAAUAAUCUACUUAAUAAUGUUUAAUUUUGAUUGUAAUACAUCAGUGAAAGAUAAAAAUUAUUUUACUAGAUCGUAAAGUUGUAUGUAUGUUGUGUGUAUCAGUGAUUUGAGUGAUUGUUAUGCAAGAAUGGCGCAGAACGCAACUGCAUUAUUUAAAUUAAUUUCCUUGUUAGCGUCGAUAUCAACCAUUGUAUGAUUAUAGCUCACCAUGUAAAGAUAAACCUUCAUUUUAGGCAACACAUCCUUGCUCACAAGAAUAUCGAUGAUUCGUUCAUGUCCAAUUAUGCGUCAUGACAAAUUGAUAGCAAAUGUUUUAAAAAAAGCGUUGCCAUAAGAGAAAAGAGUUACAGCAAGUUUAUAAAAAUAUUUUUAACAAUAUUUAAUAUUUUGUUUUUAUUUUCUCUAUUAUUUUAUAUUUAGAGUAAUUUUUUAAAUUAUUAUAUUACUUUCUAAUAACUAUACACGAGCUGCAUUUUAAUUAAUUUUUAAUAAAAAUAUUACAUAAAUUUUUUAUUUUGUUUAAUUUUGCCUUAUAGUUUGUUUCAUUUUUUGUAUCAUCCUCUUCUUGGACUGUAAUAAGGAAUUAUAAUAUAAACAAGAAAUAAAAAUAAAUUAUGAGUACUAAUUGCUGUAAAUAAAAGUAUACUAAGACACAUGAUUAAUUAUUUUGAUCAAAAAAUAGUUAUACUCGCUGAAGCACACGCUAAAAUUUUUACGAUAUAAUGUCGAUAAAUUAGUCAACACUUUACAACAUAAAAAUUGUUCACACUGGCUUCUGCUGCAUGAUAAGUUAUAUGAAAUUUCGUGCACACACACACACACACACACACACACAAACUUUUAUCAAAUUAUCAUAUUAAUAGAAGAAUUCUUGUCAAAAUUUGUUGAUUAAAUUAAUUCUAAGCUUAUAUUCGAAAACAAAUACAUUACUAUUCUUGCCACAAUCGUUGGAUCGCAUCCAGAUCUUGACAAAUCUAUGCAAAGUUUAUUGUCAUUCUUUGUGCUAGGAAUUCGUUUCAUUGUCCUGCAUCUUUGAAAGGGUAGAGUAUUCAUUAUCGUUCCCGUGCUUGAAAUUAUUUAUUGACGAGUGCGUUGUCUUGUAUACAAAAAGGUACAUGUAACAUGCAUUAUUCAUAAUUAUCUGCAUGCUAACGAGUUGGAGUUGCAUGGCAGAAAGGAAAACUGUUCGUGUUCACACAAAGCUCACAUGAAAAAUUUUGAUAUAUACUUUCUUAAUUGCUAAUAUUUCUAUUAGUAAUCUAGUAUUAAUGAGAAAUAUAAAAUAAAAAUUAAAAUGUAGGUUUAUAUUUAAUUUUUGAUAAAAUUGUGUAUUCUAAGACUUAAAACUAAAACAAUAUGUAUGCAAAUAAUUUUGUAAAAAUAAUUUAAUUGAAUAGAAUAUUUUUAUCUAAUGUUUCUGUCAGUGAUGCUUCUGAUAAAUUUGAGCAAUAAUGACGGAUGACUUCUCGGCAAUCACUCCUGAAAACUCCGCGCAAGCGCCGUUAUAAUCGAGCUGGUCUUUGGGAGUAAACAAAACUAGAUCCUAACGCGUGGUUCCGAUCAGUCAAGCGGUGACUCCACUCGUCGAAGGAAUCUUUUAGGAUAUCUUUCAAAAUCCUCGUAUUAAUUUUUGAUCGAAAGAUUCGCAGGUUUGCGCCGUCGAUUGUUGACUCUCCAGGAUUUCCUGUGACGAGAAGAGCGCGACGGGUGAUCGGCGUUGCUUAUCGAUAAGAAAAUUUGAUUAAAAACCUUCAUUGAUAAAUAAUAAUUCAGAAAUCGUGCAAUGUUGUUUUAAAGAACGUUAAACCACAAGACGAUAAAUAACUGGAAAAACUCUCAAGAACUCUUAAAUCUACGAAAAGAAGAUUGUAAUUUUCUCCGCAACAAAACCUGUGUUACAGAAAAUUCAAGAAAUUAUAGAAUCCAAAAAUAUAUUUCGAGAUGCAAGAAAUUGUUUGUACAAAUAGCAACAAAAGAAUUGCAUACUUUCUGGAAACUUGAAGACAAAAGUGCAACGAACUGAGGCUGCAUGCGUAAUAUAAAUGUUUGCGUAAUAUAUGCGCUUGUAUUCCCUAUAUAAAUGAAGAAAGUUUUGUCCGUUUUCUUUGGACCCAUUGUGCUAAUCUGAAUUAAACUUUAAAAAGAAGAAAUAUACGUCAAAUUAUCGAAGUAUGAUUGAUAUUAAUACUUCAAACUGAACAGAAACAAUCGCACAUGGGGAGGAAAGUAAGAAUUGAUAUCGACAUGUUCUGAAGAGAAGUGAAGUUUUCAUCGAAUUAUAGUUGACGUGAAUCAACCGGCAAGUUAUAAGGUCAAGCCAUUGCGAUUGUAUUCCAGAUACUUUACUUCAUUAGAUUAGCACUUUACGUCAUAUUAAGAUAAGUUAUUCGACAAAAUUGAGGAAACAAAUAAUAGGUGGAAUUGAAUAUUUGAAUCUAUAUAUCGCAAUCAUGUCAACGGAUAACUGGCAAAACGAUAUCUUGUCAACUUUUGCGUUUAAUAAUACGACAGUGACCAACAUAGUGACAAGUGUUGCACGAAAAAAACAUGUGAAUUUUGUGUCUCAAAUUGUAUUGACCGUCGUCUAUAUGACCGGUGUUAUUGGUAACGUGUCUGCCCUAGUCAUACUUUUUCAUCGGGACAAGAGGAGAAACCGCAAACAUUUGCUGAUGCUACGUUGUCUGGCAACCAACGAUCUCGUGGCGUUAUUGGGGAUGUUGGUACAGAUGUACGUUACAAUUUAUGCCGGUGAUGUGACAUCUACAAGAAUAUUUUGUUCUUUACGGGUUGUCUGGCGACUUUUUGGUCUCUUUAGCGGCUGCGUCGCCAUCGUUAUGGCAGUGGAGAGGUGGUUAGCCUUAACCAGACCCUUUGUUUAUCAAAAGCAGGUGACGUAUCCGGUAAUUGUGCGUUGUAUGUUGGCACUUUGGUUAGUCGCAUUGGUACUGACUAGUUUUCCGGUUAUGGGCUUCGGAUUGUAUUAUAAACACAAGCAAUGCAUGCGUUAUAGAGAGGCCACCGAGCCAAGCGAUAUCGCUUAUGCUUAUGUAUGGUUCCUUUUUGGUACUCUCUUAUGCUUAUCCAUUGUCUGGUGCAACUUGGCGGUUUCUAGAGCUUUGAGUAAAUUAAGUCGUCGCGCAAUUGCUCUUAGAAGAAUCUCCAAAGCUUCAUCGAGGGCGAAACCUUUGUUGGCCAUAGCUGGACCACCAAAUCCUUCGGAAAUGGUUGCUACGACUGAAGAAAGAGCAUUUGCAAGGCUUAUGGCUGUAUUGUCGAUAUCAUUUGUUAUCUGUUGGAUGCCACACAUGAUUUCUAUUCCAUUGGCUCAAUAUGCAAUGCGACCUCAAACUACGGGCAUUGAACGGAAAUGCAUUAGAAUCUUUCAGAUCAUAGCCGAUAUUUUAUUAUGUGUUCACUUCACCCUGGAUCCAUAUAUUUAUGUACUUUUAAGAAUGCCACGAAUUAAACCAAGAUUUCGAUUGUUGAAGCCCCUCUGUAGAAUCUGCUGGCCGAAUCAAAGCCGCUCCGACUCGUUUACAGGUACAGAUCAUCAAUUUAGUAGCGGUGAUCCACCCACGCCGAACACCGAGGCUCCAUCGACUCCAGUCAGUGAAGAGCACGAUUCACAUCUGGUUACAGCAUCCCUCUGAAAUCAACUUAUGCGAAUAAUCUUCCUGAAGCAAUUAAAUCAUGACGUAUUCUGCGUGUAAACAUUUAAAUUGUUUCAAAGCGAGAAGACAUUCGUUCAACUUUAUAUUGACUCCAUUCAUUUGUAUAAGGCAAAUGAAAGUGACGUUAAUUUUCCGUACAUAAAAUCAAAAUUUAACUAUUUGACGAAAAUUACACAAAAAAUAUAAUUUGUAAAUAAGAAUUAUAAUAAAUAAGAAAUAUAUGCGAAUAUGUUUGUUACAUAAGUUUCUAGUCAGUAACGACAUGCGUGAGAAUAAAUGGUAAAACGCGCAAUUAAUGGCGCUAACUAAAGUAAUGUAAUAGGCUAGAAAAGUAUUUUUUUAAUGCUAAAAAUGAAAAAUAUAAAAUGAAGAUAUGAACAAAUCCUGAAGGAUAUUGAAGUGAAAAUGUAGUUUACAAGAUAAAAAACACAUGUUCUUACAUUUAAAAGUUUAAAACAUGAAAUUAAAAAAAGAUAAUUCUAAAGAUUUAUUCCAAUUGCAUGUAUUUAAAAUAUUGAACAAUUUUGAAUGCAAGGUAUCAUAAAAGAGAAAUCUGUUCUAUAUUAUAUAUACUUCAAUACUCUAUAUUCCGUAUUGUGUGUACAAUAGCAACUUAGAGCGUAGGAAUGUGUAUUUGUAAACGACUUUAUUUUAAACGAAUAUCGUUAUUUGUACAUAAUAUCAUACAUACAUGUUAAUGUAUUUUGUGUAUACCGCGCGAUAACAUUUGCGCGUUUAACAACUUUUAAAUAAACGUUAAUCCGAAAUUAUCUAGA